AUGACAUCACGAAUCGGACAAUAUCAACUCUAUCAAACUCUAGGAAAAGGAAACUUUUCAAAAGUCAAAUAUGGAGUCGAUGUCAAUGAUGGCACUGCUUGGGCUGUCAAAAUUGUCGAUCGUAAAAUGAUUCAAAAAGAAAAUUUAGAGUCUCAAUUAAGACGUGAAAUUGCAAUUAUGAAAUUACUUUCACAUCGACAUGUGGUUAAACUUCGAGAAGUUUUACAAUCUCCAACAAAUAUUUAUAUUAUUUUAGAAUUAGUGACAGGAGGAGAAUUGUUUGAUCGAAUUGUCAAGGCAAAACGAUUCGAUGAAAAGACCAGUAGAAAAUAUUUUCAUCAAUUGAUUUCUGGAAUUAGUUAUUGUCACUCUCAAGAUGUGUCACAUCGGGAUUUAAAACCAGAAAAUUUACUCCUCGAUGAUAAAGAUGUUUUAAAGAUUAGUGAUUUUGGUCUGAGUGCUCUUUGUGUGGGUGCUGGUGAUACCAAGAAAAUGCUCAUGACUACUUGUGGAACUCCAAACUAUGUUGCUCCUGAGGUCCUUCUUGAAAAAGGUUACGAUGGUAAAAAAGCUGAUAUUUGGUCGUGUGGUGUCAUUCUCUACGUCAUGCUCACUGGACACUUUCCAUUCAGCGCCGAUUCCAUUCAAGAAUUAUUUAAAAAAAUUAAAAAUGGAGAACACAAUCCCUUUCCGCAAUACGUGUCGAGUGAGGCCAAAGAUCUCAUUAAGAAAAUGUUGAUUGUGAAUCCAAAUUAUAGAAUUAGUAUUGAGGGAGUGAUGAAACAUUCAUGGUUUAUGGAAGAUGGUGGUUCCGAAUAUACCAAACAAAAUCUUGAAUCAUCCAUUUCAUCGAGAGAGGAUAAAAUUAUUAUAACACAAGAGGAAAUUGAUCGUUCUGUAACGGAUUGUUCAGAAACACAGGUUCAUUCUGCAAGUCAGCAUGUGUCUGCUUUGGAUUCUCCAUCUUCAAAUAAGAAAGCUCCAUUGAAUGCUUUUGAUUUGGCGAGUAUUAUGAUGUCAGGUUUUGUGAACCCUUUAGUGAACCAUGUACCAAAUGCUUCUCACAAGACAGUGAAUAUUAGACGUGAGACUCGAUUCAUUGCUCGUGGAGAUAAAAAGACAGUGUUGGAGGAAAUUCGUUCAGUACUGUCUGAGAAAUUGCAAGUGAAAGUCUCAACGACACAUUUAAGUGAUUUGGAAAGUGGAAAACAUUCACAACAAAAUGCCAGCGAUCAGAAUUUAUCAGACAUGAAAUGUUUUGCUACAGUGAAACAAGUAGGAGUUACUUUUAGUGUGAAAGUCGAUCAGACAAGCGUUGGAUUUUGUCUUGUAGAAAUUAGAAGAGGAAAAGGAAGCAUUAUUGAUUUCAAUUACUUGUAUCGACAAAUUUUGUCUCUGAUGGGUGAAGUUGUCAUUUCAGGUGGAGUUCAAACAUCAUCCUCUGACCGAUUAUCUCAAUAA